AUGGGUUUCCUCGAAGAACGAGAUUUGUCUGAUGUGCCAACGAUUCCAGAGUUUUACAAAGGAAAGACCAUUUUCGUUACUGGUGGUUCAGGUUUCAUAGGAAAAGUCCUGAUAGAGAAAUUGUUGUAUUCAUGUACUGAAUUAGAUAGAAUUUAUUUGCUACUACGGAACAAGAAAGGCGUCAAAUCUGAAGACAGACUCGCUGAAUUAUAUGCUGCACCGUGUUUUCAAAGACUGAAAGCUGAAAGGCCUGGCAUGUUCGAGUCCAAAGUAUUCGUUGUGUCUGGAAAUGUUAUGGAAUCAGGACUAGGAUUAUCGCAAGAAGACAGAGCUUUACUUGUCAAUCGAGUGAACGUCAUUUUCCAUGUAGCUGCUAGUGUGAGGUUUGAUGACACAUUAAAAUAUUCAACGCAGCUCAAUUUACGGGGAACAGUUGAAGUCAUGGAGUUGGCUAAAGAAAUGCGGGAAUUAUGUUCUCUAGUGCACGUGUCCACAUCAUACGCCAACACAAAUAGAGACCCUAUUGAGGAGGUGUUAUACCCGCCUCUAGCUGACUGGAGGGAGACCCUGGCUAUAUGUGAGAAGGCUGAUGAACAUACCUUGAAGAUUUUAACUCCUAAGUUCCUAGGAGAGUUGCCCAACACAUACACAUUUACCAAACAACUGGCUGAACAUGUUGUGAAUGAAUAUAAAGGGCAACUACCCAUCAUCAUAGUCAGACCUUCAAUAGUUAUAUCAAGUAUUGAUGAACCUAUACCUGGCUGGAUUGAGAGUUUCAAUGGUCCUGUAGGAAUAUUCGUCGCUUGUGGGAAAGGUAUUAUGAGGACAAUUCAUACAAAAGCAGACAUUAAAUCUGAUUUUAUGCCUGUGGAUGUUUGCGUCAAAAAUAUUAUAGUUGGCGCUUGGAUAAGAGGAACUAAAACCAUGGAUCCAACAGAUGACAUAGAAAUCUACAACUGCUGUUCAGGAAAUCUCCACCCGAUCCUCAUGGGAGACUUAAUAGCUAUGUCCAAACAGGUAGCCAAAGAUGUACCUUUGGACAACAUGGUAUGGUACAUGGGAGGUACCAUUACUGCUAGUGAGAAGUACCAUUAUGUUAAGGUUUUACUUCAGCAUUUACUGCCAGCUAUGUUGAUUGAUACAUUGCUAUGGUUGUUUGGAAAGAAACCUAUGCUAGUAAAAAUCCAACGCCGCAUUUACAUAGCGAACCUAGCUCUAAGAUACUACACUACGCAACAAUGGACGUUUACGAACACGAACUUUACAAAACUGCGCUCAGUGAUAAAACUGGAAGAUAUAGAACAAUUCUAUUAUGAGUUGGAAAGCACUAAUGUUGUGGAGUACUUCAAGCAAUGCUGUUUGGGGGGCAGACGGUUCUUGCUUAAGGAAAAAGAUGAGGAUAUUCCGAAAGCUAGGCUGCAUUGUCAAAGGAUGAUGGUGGUAGACCGAAUCUUCCAGAUAGCAUUCUAUACAGUUCUCAUCUGGUGGGUUUGCAGUAAAAUUGUCAAAGUCUUUAAUUUGCAUAGCAACAUGUUCUAGUUUAUAUACUUAUUUAGUUCUGUGAAAUAACUUUACCGCUCUGAAAUUCGCAACUAGUAACUUCAGAGUUGUCAAAAUUUCGAACCAAUACUAAUAAGAUUGGGGUUCAGAUCGAUUGUCGUUCACGGUGGCUGUUCUCAUAUAAGGAGAUCAGUCAGCUGCGCAGGACAUAUUAUAGUGCACGAGCAUUUGCGCAGACACAAGUGCACUCACUAUUCUUUCACUCUCAUAGCGGAAAGUUAUUUGAAGAAAACAUAGACUUAACGAAUUUUGAUCGAUUUUUUUCAGCAGUUUAACGAACAUAGUCGUAAUAGCAUUAUACCUAAUAAUUUGUAAUUAUGUAUAAGAUAAUGUGUGUCAAGCAAAAUAUGUGUUUCUAAUAUAUACAUUGUAUAACA